GAUCUCUUUCUCAAUCUCGUACCCUUUUCACUUCUAUUAUAAACCCAUUGACCCGUCCAUCCACCACCUACGCAAUUAACUAGUAUGUCUAUCUCAAAUUCACCCCCCAAACAUCCCAAUUGACCCACUAACACCCUCACAGCUCACACCCACACAGCAACAGCACAGCUUCACACCACCUUACAACUCUAUCCCUCCCAUCAGCCCAUCAAGCCGCACCAAAAUGACCACCCGCCCGCUCAGCCCGCCGACCUCCCCCCGCAAACGCACCAAAGCGAUGCACCUGCCGUCAUCGCAACGCAUCUGCCACGACUGGAUGGUGGUGCAAGGCAACGUGCACUACGCGCGCGACCGCGCCCACUUCACAACCUACCGACCUGUGACCGCGCACCUCAAGAACAACAUUUUCAACCCAAUGGACGAGCUCGAAGUGGCCGGUAUCGGAACCGUCGAGAUCCCCGUCGUCCGCAGCCUCGAUAACCCGUUCGAUACGCAUACCAUUGUGCUCGAGAACGUGCUGCAUAUCCCCGAGGCCGUGUGCAAUGGGUUCAAUCCGCUGCUGUUUGGGAGUAGUAUGUCGUGUACGGAGACGGCGUGGAUGGGGGCGGAUUGCGAGGGUAGGUUGAUGUGGGUGGCGAUGCCGUUUCGGGGGGGUUCGAGGUUGGUGUUGGCUGGGGGGUUGGUCGGGGAGAGUGAGAUUAUUGAGGGGAGGUAUUAUACGUUGAGUUUGUAUGUUAGUCCCGAGGAGAAGGGGGAGUUUUUGGCAUGAUUUGAUUUUUUGAUUUGUGUAUUGUUUGGGUUGGAGUUUGGGGGGCUGGGCUGGUUGGGUGAGUGUAUGAUAGCUUGUAUAGCUAGCUAGCUAGAUGUUAUUGUUAUGUGUAAUAUGAGUCAUGAUAGACAGACAGACAAGAAAAACAGAA